UGUUCACAUCGAAACGUCAAGCGUGAUAUCGAUCGGCAAACGAAAACAAAACAAAGCCCUAAACACGUAGCUGGCCCGAAAGAGCUGCCAGCUGCUGGUUUUAGAGAAAACCCCCUCUGGCACACACAUACACAGUCUCUCUCGCUCGAGGAGGGAAAAUAAAGUGUUUUCCAGCAUGUCGCACCGAAACCUGACCGAGCUGUUUCACAUGCUGCGGAACAAUGCCGUACACAGUCGAAACGUUGGCUAUGAUAACCAUUCGGACAACGAGACUCUGCUCGAACCAGCGGGAAAGUCGAGCGAGCAGCCGCGCUGGAUCGGAAAGUACGACGAAGCCAACUACCUGCUGUUCAAGAUCCAGGAGCGUCUCAAUGAGGUGAAACGGCUGCAAACUGCCGAGGUGCGUUCGGUGCUGAGCGACGAAACAUCCACCAGCAGCAGCACGACCGAAAGCUUAAUGAUGGAGAUCAAGCAGCUGAUCUGCCGCUGCCACGACAACAUCAACUCGCUGCGCCGGCAGGACCACGGGCUGGAGGAGAUGCUGCUGAAAAACGUUCAGAAGCACUGUCUGAUCAUCCUGCAGGGCCUGACGGAGCAGUACCGGCUGCUGCAGGCGCACAAAACGUCCCGCGCGCUGAAAGGCGCCGAGGCGGGACCGAGCGGUAGCGCUGGCACUGGUGGUACCGUACUGCGCUCCAGCAACACCACCAGCCUCAAUCCGGUCGACACGUUCGACAACUUUCUGCAGCUGGAGUCGGCCGCAGAAGGCCGGACGGGAGGGCCGACGGUAGCAGCCGGCGGCUCCAGCUACGACUACGAGGAGGACCAGCUGGAUGAUUUCUUCCAGCUGCCCGCGACCGGCCUCACGAUCAACCAGAAGCAAAUCAUGCUGAUCCAGGCGGACAACACCAAGCUGCUGAAGAGUCGGGAGGACGAGGUGCUGCGCAUGACCAACUCGAUCACCGACCUGAACGUCAUCUUCAAGGACAUCUCGAAGCUGAUCCAAGAGCAGGGCACGAUACUGGACCGGAUCGACUACAACAUCGAGUCGGCCCAGGUGCGGGUCAGCGACGGGCUGCGCCAGCUGCAGAAGUCCGAAUCGUACCAGCGCAAGAACCGCAAAAUGCACUGCAUCAUGCUGCUGGCGUUCGCGAUAAUGUUCAUGAUCAUACUGAUCAUCUUCACCAAGCUGUAGACUGGCAGGACAGGCGGGCAUUCCGAGACAGGGCUGGAACGUUAUUUAUUGUGUCUAUGUUAGGGGGGGUGGGAGCUUUAAAGGUUUUUUUUUCCUGUGGGAGUUUUUAGUUUAUUUUCGACUGCUUUAUUUUAGCCAGAUUUUUAUUCAUUCUGUUACUGUGCGUGUAGAAAGCACAGCAUGCUUCAUUACGAUGGAAGGGUUUAAGUUGGGAUUAAAACAAUAUUCACAGCGAUCACACCCAAUACGAAGAGAGUUGCAGCCGUUUAAAAGCUACUUAACGCAAACGGCAGUUCGAAUCUAGUCGAGAAAGUCCCGGUCUGGAUCCAAGUUUUUUUUUUGUAAAAUGGGGAAUAUUUAUAUUCCUGUAUAUGGGAGAAAAAGAAGUAAUUAGGUCCACACCAAAGUAAUGCUGUUUUUUCAUCCAUUUUCCCUAACCCUUUUGCUGUUCUCUCGGAUGAGAGGGGCAAGAAAUAUUUAGCAAAUUCAACUUUUAUCUAUCGUUUAAUACAACAAUAACCUAUCGCUUUUAACACGAAUAGGCAACAUUAAUUUGCUAAAUUAAAGGGUAAAAUAAAAGUAGCAUCAAAAAAGGCCGGUCUAUCAUAUGAAGAUUCCGUAAACCGCUAGGUUUUGAUACAUUUGAGGGAGAGACAGCCUGGCUUCCAUAUAAAAUUAUAAUAAUUUAUAAUAAAAAAUGGUUUAAAAAGUA